AUGAGCCCGAGGUCAGAUGAUGGAAGUUCUCCACUGAUUCCUCUUCUGCGACCAUUUGUGUACUUUGGACGUGAAUAUGACAAAAUAUUUGUGAAUAAUAAUGGAGACCUGACCUUUGACAGUCCACUUUAUCAGUGGUAUCCCUAUUAUUUUCCUGCAUACUCAUCUAUAGACAUCAUCGCUCCACUGUGGACAGACAUUUAUAUUUAUGAGAAAGGAACCAUCUCUUACAGAAAAGUAACAGAUGCUCGUCUCUUGAAUCGUGCUUCAAGAGACAUAAACAAAUAUUUUCCCAUCUUGAACUUCUCUGCCACUUGGGUUUUUAUUGCUACAUGGGAUAAAGUACCAUAUUAUGGAAACAGAGAGGCAGAGUCAACCUUCCAAGUGGUUUUGGUGUCUGGAAAAAACAUGUCAUUUACACUUAUGCAUUAUGAUUUUAUCACUCCGACUGAAAAUGCAGAGUCUGGCUUUGACACAAUUAACUCUACUAAUUUCUUUUCAAUUCCGGUUUCUGAGGUCGCAAAUCUGUCAUACACAAGCAAUGUCAAUGUCACGGGUAGAUGGGUAUUUCGUGUUGACAAUUCAUCAGAAAACAAUGGGGUCAUGAACUGA